AUGGGUACUCAGCAGACACUGAUCUACAGCUUUGUGGCGAGAGGCACGGUUAUAUUAGUAGAGUUUACGGGAUUCAAGGGUAAUUUCACCGGCAUUGCCUCCCAAUGCUUGCAGAAGCUGCCGGCAUCCAACAACAGGUUCACUUACAAUUGCGAUGGCCACACCUUCAAUUACCUUGUGGAAAAUGGAUUCACCUAUUGUGUUGUUGCCAUUGAGUCUGCUGGUAGGCAAAUUCCAAUUGCCUUUCUAGAGCGUGUUAAGGAUGAUUUUAACAAGAGAUAUGGAGGAGGGAAAGCCACAACUGCAGGUGCCAAUAGCCUGAAAAAGGAAUUUGGGCCAAAAUUGAAAGAGCAUAUGCAGUACUGUGCUGAUCACCCUGAAGAAAUUAGCAAACUUGCUAAAGUCAAGGCUCAGGUCUCUGAAGUAAAGGGUGUCAUGAUGGAAAACAUCGAGAAGGUUCUUGACCGAGGUGAGAAGAUUGAGCUGCUUGUUGAUAAAUCUGAUAAUCUCAGAUCACAGGCGCAGGAUUUUAGGAAACAGGGGACCAAGAUUAGGCGAAAAAUGUGGUUCGAGAAUAUGAAGAUUAAAUUGAUUGUGUUUGGUAUCAUUGUAGCUUUGGUUCUCAUCAUCAUUCUGUCUGUUUGUCCUGGCUUCAAUCGCGCUACAUUUAACCCCCUUCCAGAGCCCGAGGCCAUAGCCGGAGUAACUUCUCAGUUCUCUCUUUCGCCGCCUCCCUCCCUCCCUCUCGUUUCGCUACUCCUUCUUCGCGGUUGA